AUGUAAAUCUUCACGCUCGACCAAUGAAUCCAAUGAGCACCUCUCGCUCGGUUUGACUGACAGGCACGCCUCCCCCCUCCCGCUCCGCUUCCCUCCUGAGCGGACGCACCGCCUUAUAUGACUGUGUGUUUUCUCUACUGGUCAAAGCUGGGAUGUGUGUGUAACGUCACAUGUUGUUUUUCCUCUUUAGUUCAGUCAUUCCGAGAGAGGAGCUAUUCUGCAGUGAACUUUUUGGCGGAGAGAGAAGAGCGAGAGAGCGCGCUGAGAGCAACUCCUACCCAACGUUAACUUGGUGGGAUUUUCUGGGAUCUUCUCAUCUGCGCAGGAAAAUCAACUUGCAGUCAGUAGCUGAGAAGCAAGUGUUGUUUUGUUUUUUUCCACGCGCGAGGAUGGCGAGCCCGCCGCUUCCGGCAGGCACGUCGUUAUCAAAUGUCAACAUGAACUCAAACCACGUCAAGAAGACUGGAUACCUCAAGAAACAGAAGCACGGACACAGGAGGUUUUUCGUGCUCAAAGAGCAAGGGGACGGCUCCCCAGCACGGCUGGAGUACUACGAGAGCGAGAAGAAGUGGAGGAAUAAAGCAGCAGCAAAGAGAGUCAUAUCUCUGGACUCGUGUCUGAGCAUAAACAAGCGCGCCGACGCGAAGCACAGACACCUGAUAGCCCUCUACACCAAGGACGAGUAUUUCGCCGUCGCUGCCGAAAACGAGCAGGAGCAGGAAAGCUGGUACAUGGUCCUGACCGACUUGAUGAGCGAGGGCAAAGUGUAUGACAGUGCUGUGUCCAGUUCUGCUUCCUCUCUGGUGGGCUUUGACGAGGGCAACUAUGGUAUGAUCACCCCAGCUAAUGCUGCUUACAAAGAGGUAUGGCAAGUAAACUUAAAGUCUAAAGGACUGGGGCACACCAGAAACAUCACUGGGGUUUACAGGCUGUGUUUGUCAAGCCGCUCAAUCAGCUUUGUAAAACUUAACUCUGAGGUUGCCUCUGUCAGUCUGCAGCUGAUGAACAUCAGGCGAUGUGGCCACUCUGACAGCUUCUUUUUUAUUGAGGUGGGCAGGUCUGCCUCCACAGGACCAGGGGAGCUUUGGAUGCAGGCUGAUGACUCUGUGGUGGCGCAAAACAUUCACGAGACAAUUUUAGAGGCUAUGAAAGCCAUGAAAGAGCUAUCAGAGUUCCGGCCACGCAGUAAAAGCCAGUCUUCAGGUUCCAACCCCAUAUCUGUGCCCACCCGGCGGAACUUAAACAAUCUGCCCCCAAGUCAAACAGGGUUAGUGAGAAGGUCAAGGACAGACAGCGUGGCAGCCACAUCCCCUGUCACCAAGUUUGCUUCCUGUAGGAUACGCACAGCCAGCGAGGGAGAGGGCACCAUGGCACGGCCAGUGUCCAUGUCAAUAUCAGAGAAUGGAAGCCCUAGCAUUGCAAGCCAUACCCACAUGUGCAGAUCCAACACAGUUUCAGUUGGCUGCCGGACAUCAGAACCAUCGCUCCUGCAUCACAGCAGAUCCAUGUCCAUGUCUAUGCCGAUGUCUCAUUCACCUCCUCCUGCUGUAAGCCCACUGAGCCUCUCCUCUACUAGCAUGAAUGGCUCAACCUCCUCAACGGUACACAAACCUUCCAGCUGCAGUGGCUCUGUCUCAGGAUCGCCCAGUGAUACCGGCUUCCUGUCAUGUGACGAUUAUGGAUCCAGCCCAGGAGAUGUAAGGUACAACCCAUUGAAUCGUAGCAAUACUCCCUCAUCUUUCUCAGGCACGCCCCCAUCCCGUGAAGGCAGUGAGCUCUGUGGUUAUAUGAUGAUGGACAAUCAAUCUAGCCACUCUUUGAAUAAGAUCCAAGAAUCCAGCAGAGAGAAUCUAGAUAUGGAAAAGUCAUAUAGGAAGAGGACAUACUCCCUCACAACACCACGGCAACCCAGGGCCCCCUCCCAGCAAUCAUCAGCAUCACUUGAUGAAUAUAUGUUAAUGAGGGCUGUGUACACUAAUGGCCAUUCAGGGCAAAACACACAUUCUGCCUCACCAAAGGUCUCUUACCCUGAGGAUUAUGGUGACAUUGAAAUUGGCUCCAGCAGAAGCUCCAGCAGUAACCUAGGCAAUGAUGGUUACAUGCCCAUGACACCUGGUGUGGCACCACAAGGCAGCAAAAAUGACCCUUACAUGCCCAUGAGUCCAAUGAGCGUCUCAGCUCCCAAACAGAUCAUCAACCCCAGGUCUCACUCUCAGGGUGCAGGCUGCAGAGGGACAACAAAUUCCCCAUGUGGCAGUUCCAUGGAGGACAGUGGCUAUAUGAGGAUGUGGUCUGGUUCCAAGUCCUCGUUGGAGAGCUCAGAUGGCAGAGUGGCAAAUGGAGAGUAUAUGAACAUGUCACCUGUUGAACCAUACGUCUCACCCACACCACCUGAUUAUUUCCUUGGUGGGUCUGAGCCAGCACAGCGGCCAUCACCUUCUUUGAGCUCACGCUCCAACAAACACCAAGGUACUAAAAGAGAAGAGGAUCAGUAUGUUUUAAUGAGCCCACAGAGCCACAGGCCAUCUGAUGAGUCCAACUACUACACCAUGUCAGCAGCAAAUCCUGGGCCUUUGCUGCCCAGCCCCUCAACCCUGCCCCCACUCAGGCACAGCCGCAAUGAUGGCCUAUCACACAGAGGGCGAGCCAACAGGCCCAACAGGUUAUCUCUGGACACUCUGAGGAUGCUCCCAAGCAUGAAUGAGCAUCCCCUCCCCUGUGAACCCAAAAGCCCAGGGGAGUAUAUCAACAUAGACUUUGGUGAAAAUGCCCGGUAUUCCUUGCCCUUGGGAUCUGUGGAGAGCCAGGGUUCCUCUCCAAGCCUCAGCAGCAUGAGACGGAGAUCUCCCCUCUCUGACUACAUGAACCUUGAACUCAACUCGCACUCACCAAAAUCAGGGGAUAUCCUCGCUAGCCCCUUGCAUGAGAUCCCUGAGCUCACCAACUGCCCGUGCCCAUCUGAAGAGGGCGCAUAUUUCCCUGUUGAGUCGAGGGGCUCUCCAUGCCCACCUGGCACAGGUAAAGACGAUUAUGCUGAGAUGAAGUUUGACGACACACACAUCUCUCCAUCCUUCAUCUCUGAAAACAGGGAAGGUGUUGCUGCAAGCCCUGCCAGCAGGGUGAAGAGGCUUACCCUAGGUGACAAGGGCAUGCCAAGUAUUGGGGCGUUCCUGUUGCCCAGUGCCUCUGUGGACCCCAAUGGAGGGGCGAAGGUGAUCCGAGCGGAUCCUCAUGGUCGGAGGCGGCACAGUUCGGAGACCUUCUCGUCCACCACCACGGUCACGCCUGUGUUUCCUUCCUUCGCUCACAGUUCCAAGCGGCACAGCUCUGCCUCUGUCGAGAACGUCUCGGUCCGGAGCAGCGAGGGUUCUGAUGAGGAGUCUGGCAGCCCUAUGUGCAGAGAGACCUCCACUGGGUACCAGAAUGGUCUGAACUAUAUCGCCUUAAACCUCAUGGAGAACAGAGAACUGAGAAACUGUGACAGUAUGAUGGGCUUCAAGACGGUCAGUAGCUGCAAAGGAGGAAUUAAUGGAUUACACACCAGUCCAUAUGUGUCCCUGGGAUUCAAGGAGACGGUGACCACUGUAAAAGAUUGAUCUCCUCGGAUGAUCAUCUUCCUCCUCAGACUGUACCCUGGGACUGCGGGAAGUGGUAUCGAAAACCCGUGACCAGAUCCAGCCGCCGCCCCCACCUCCGCUGUGGCUGAACCAUGCUGCUGUAAAUGAACUGAACUUUAACCUGCGAUCCCUCACCCUUUGCCUGAGUUCCCGAGGGCUCAAGUCAUGAUCCUAUUCCAGGCUGGCCACUUUAAACAUGGACAUAAGCAGGGACUGCACGACCCGCUCUGUCCUACAGGAACUGCGAAUUGCUGCUUCAUAGGUGACGACAGUCACAAAGUUGUCUCAACUUGUACGUUGUAUACUUUGUAUUUUUUUUUUUGUUGGUGGUGUUGUUGUUGUUAACACCUAAAUUAUAUUUGGUUGGACUUCUGGGUAGUAAUUGGAGUACAACCACCUACCCCUCACCCCUUCACCUCCUUAACCCUUUACACCCCUACCCCCAAAAGCAAGCCCAGAAUCUGUAAUAUUUACUUACCAUAGACCAUAAAAAGGUACAUAUUUAAUGUUCUAUAUUUAUUUAUACCUAGUACGAAGUUGUGGUGAGACUUUACGAUUUCACUUUUGUUUUGUUGAUUAACAACAGUGACCCAAGAAACUGCUACAAGUCCUACCUCAGGAAAAGACAGUCUAUUACGAUGUACAAAAUUCUGAGAUAAUGCAGAUUUACGAUUCUUUACUUUUUUUCUUCUUAAUUUCAGUGUUCUUACAUGACCAAUCCAAAGCCUUAUUCUCUAAAGUCAAAUAUAGAAUUUUAUUAAAGAAAACUGUAUUGUUAUUUGGACCUAGAUUAUAUAUAAAAAGAGAGUAAAAUGUUUUAUUGUUUAUCUACAAAAUGAUCUAGUUUGUCUAUAUUUUUUAUAGAAUCUUAAUUUAUUUCACACCAACUAGUUCAUGAAUUGAUGAGUUCCUAUAAAUAAAUAUAUAUAUUAUAUAAAAGAGGCCACCCAAGAUGAGAGAAUAUCCAGAAUAUGCAAAACGUACCACUAAAAUAUACUCAUUAUGUGGUUAUUGCACAUAACAAUAAACAAAUGCCUACACUCACAAUGAUAAAUAAAGAGGUAAAUAUUAUUUUUUAUGACCAAUUCUAUAUUCUAGAGUUCUAUACUGUAAUGUGUUAAAUAUAAUGCUAUAAGCAGCUUGGAGUAGCUAUGUACAGGUGCCCAAAUUUACUCCAACAUCUUCAUCUUAUUGACCACCGUACCAUAGCCGCUACUGUAUACCUCCACUGUACCUUCUGUUUUUGGUUAUCUACAUCUGUAUCUUUGAUGGUGAUGUGCUCAGUGGUGGCACAAAUGGCAAGGAGACUUUUUACGGGUGUUUUCACAUGGAUACUAUAGUUGGUUUUAACUACAAUCAGUUAACAAGUGAUUUAACCUCUUGAUUUAUUUAUUUUUUUUACACAAGCAAAGCUGUAACAAAUCACAUCACAGCUGUAGCUGUAGUAAUUAUCAGGGAAGAAAAUCAGACUAAACUGCACCUGAACAGCCGUUUAGCUAAAAUGUGAGGAGAACAUUUGAAUAGAGUGUCCUAUUCAGUUUGGACAGUAGGAUCAAAGUCAGAUCAUGUUCUCAGCACAAACAAACCGCCUAUGAGUUUGUUUAGGGCUGGACUGAGACCACUGAUUGCUGUAGCCUGCAGAAAUUAUCCGCACCAAGGGUGAAAACGAACUAGAGCCCAUGUGAAAACACUCUACAAGUGGAGACUUUAGUGGUAGGCCGCAACACAAGCACUUCACAGCAGGUUUUCCAGUUGUUGACUGUGGCUGGCGCUGGCCACGACUGUGAUAACUGUGACGCCACAGUGCCACUGCCAGCAGCAACUCUAGAUUGUAACACAUGACACAUUUGAAUGUAGAGCACGUAACCCACUUAUGAUGUGCUGCGAGAGGGCAGAGUAAACAACCCAGGAAGGCAGAGAUUAAUAACUGCACCAAAACAGGCCAGGCUUAUUUUCUCUUAGUGUUUUUCCCCUCUCUCUAAUUUUUCGAACUGUGUACAAAGCUAUUAUUAGAGGAACAUUUUUAGCAGGGGAGGAGGAGCAACUUUAGCAGGUCUCUUCCGGCUGAAAGGGAUUAGAACCUAAUCUCUGAAGUAAAUGGCAAAGCAGAGUAAACAAACAAACACCAAGUACGAAAAAACUAAAGGUUUCUCAGUCGACAGCUGUGAUCCUUCAGUCUGAGCACUAAUGUAUAUUUUUGCCCAUACCACACAUUCUUCUUUUCUUAUAGGCCAAAAACUAAAUAUAUAAAACUAAAUAAAUAAAAAAUAAUGAGAGAUUCAUGACCUAAAGGCACUUUAUUACUUUGUUAUAUAAGCAACUCUGUAACAAAAAAAAACUAACUAAAAAAAAUCAACUACUACUUGAUUCUGAGGGGAGAUCCUGCUUUUAGGUACCAUCUAUCCAAAAACCUCUUUAUAUGCAAUAUUUACACUUACACACAAAGCGAAUUAGUUUACAAAGUGGAACCAAAUGUAUAAAGACUCUGUUAAUAUAUUUGUUGAUGAGAGAUUUUGCAAAAAAAGAGAGAGCGAGAGUGAGAAAGAGAUCGACUAUAUGCUGUUAAUGCUGUUUGUACAUUUCUUUCUGCCAACUUUUUGAACUUUUUUUGCUUUAACCUAAAAUACAGAAAAAAACAGUGUUCUUGAAUAUAUAAAAUAUUUGCAAGGUCUGAUUGAACAUGCUGUGUCUUCCAGUGUACAAAUGUCAUAUACUGUUGGUCGUGAUGCUAUAAUGCUAUUAAGAGAUCAUUUGAAAUAUCUUAGUUGAAUAUACAUUUUAUUUGUGUUGAAAAGGGUAGUCACAUGCAAUAAUGAAAUAAAUAUUAUUAUUAUUUAAGGCAAAUA